AUGGCAAAGCCUUUACAUGACGUUGCUGCGAAUAACGGCAAUGCCGAAAUGCCUACGAUAGCAAUUUUCAACGCCAACGAUCCAGAAACAACUACGGAACUCCUGGUGGCCGCCCUUGAGCGAGAUGGAUGCGUCAUUGUCGAAAACCUCAUCACGGAGGAACUGACAAGUCGGAUCCGGUCGGAACUGAAGCCGGUGUUCGAUAAGGACCAGGGACGCAGCGACGGGGGUUUUUUCCCCAGCACUACGCAGCGCGCUCCAGGGGUCGUAGCGUCGUCUGAUGCGUGCGUCGAGUUGGCCCUCAACAAGACGUAUAUCGGCGUGGCCGACAGAGUCCUCACGUCGACAUAUGCGUACUGGGCAGGCCAGGAACGACACACGAUCAGUGCCAAACCGAUCAUUUCGUCCACAUUCGGGUUCCGUGUCAACCCUGGCGGGAAGCAGCAGGUCCUCCAUCGGGAUGAUAGUGAUUACCACGCUCGAGACGUCGACAGGCCUGUCAUGUUGGGCUGUGUUACCGCUCUGUCCAAGACCACCAAAGCAAACGGCGCGACUAUGUGUAUCCCCGGAUCACACCUAUGGGGGCCGGAACGAUGCCCGUACGAUCAUGAAGCAAUCCCGGCAGAGUUAGAGCCCGGCUCCGCUUUGAUCUUCGACGGAGGUCUCUACCACGCCGGAGGUGGAAAUGUUACGACAGACCAGGCUCGUGAGACCGUAGGAAUCUUCCUGCAGAAACCGACUUAUCGACAGGCCGAGAACCAGUUCCUGGUAGUCCCGCCAGAGAAGGCGAAGCGAUUCUCGCCACAGGCACAGAGGCUGCUGGGUUACGGCAUCUGUCCACCGUCUCUCGGAGGGUUCGAGUAUAAAGACCCGAUGUUGCAUUUGUUCAGCGUCGAGGACGAGGAAACUGUGUAUUUGUAA